UGUACCUGCAUAACGGAAUUAUGAAGAUGAUGCCAUUCAUUUCUUCAGAAGAGGUAGGUGAGGAAGGAGCAAGUGCCCAGUGGUGGCUUUUCUUCAAGCUCCUCUUAAGGCAAAAAUCACAGUCUCUCUUGGAGAAGGGCUGCCUCAGAUCCAUCCCACCCAUGAGGUGCAUCAAUAUAUUUAGCCUUACAUCUGGUGGAAGUUCAGUGAUGGAUACACCACAAAGAAACAGAAUAACGAUAGAAGCCCUGGAAUCAGGACAGAUGACCUAUGCUUUGACACACAUGGAAGACUUGGAAAUGUGCCUAAAAGAAGCAGAAGAAAAGGCUAAGACAUUAACAGAGCGGCUUGCAGUGUCUGAAGGAACUAAGUCAAAGUUACUUGAGCAAGUGUCCUGGCUAGAGGAACAGCUAGAGGCAGCUGACAAUAGGGAAGCAAGGGGGGAACCAUACGAAGAAAUCAUGCAUGCCAAAAACCAGUGCAUAGAGAAAUUACAAGCUGAAGUUAAAGCUUCACAGGAACAACUUGCCGCUCAUAAACUUAAGCACAAAAGGAAAAUGAAAAAGCUACAGACCGAUUUGGCAACAGUUAAGCAGGAGGCUGCCAUCACAGUGCUGGAACUCAAUGAGAAGAUAAAGAGUUUCUAUGAAGGAAAGCCAACCCCUAGAGAUGGAUGGCAGGCUUGGAAGACAAGAGAGGCAGAAGAAAACUCUCUGGAAGAGUGCUGCAGAGGCCUUCCACUCGUAGAAGAAGGAGAUAGAAGAUUUAGUCUGAUUAUGGAGUUGUCUACACAAGUUUCACUGCAGACAGAGAAGAUCAAUCAGCUAGAAGAAGUUUUGGAGGAAAAGGAAAAGAAGAUACAGCAGUUGGAAGCAGAGUGAGAGUCUCCAAUGGUCAAAACUGAAAGCCUUCCAGAAUAUUUACUAGAAGCACCAAGUGCUUAUAAUGGUAGCAAUACUGCUGUGGAUGUUGAUGAGAAUUUGUAAAGAUUGCUUAGUAAGCGGACAAUAAAAGUUUAUUAAGUGACAUCAAGCUAGAUACAAAACUGAAGUAGCCUCACUACCCAUCAGUCUCAAGGUUCAAGAGAAUCUGUUGGAAAGAUACAAAGGAAAGGGUUCAGAAGCAAAGGCAAAAGUCUGCCUUUGAAUUCCCCAUUACAUAGCCAGCACAUACCUGCAGGGUCCAGGAAGCCAGGCUUUCAGUCAGAGUUCUAAUGGUGUCUAUAAAUCAUUAGCCAGGCCUCAGUGACAGUGGUGCAUGUAGGGGGGAGGGAGACACAGAGGAAGUUAAGUAGUGAAGGAACCCAGUGAAACUGCCAUUGAAGGAAGAAAAUAACCCAAAUUCCCUUUAUAUGCAGCUGUAUUGUGAAAGGAAAAUUGUCAAGCAGUGAAAAAGUUUGAACUGGUGAACUCUCCUGGGAGGGUGCCAGAGAAGGAGAAGAAACAUUACCAUUUCAGUACAGUAAAUAAGCAUGUACUCUGGCCUUUUGUGUCUCAGAUUUGUUUCUUUAUUGUAUGCAUUUUGGUUACAUUUAGAAAGGGUUUGUAGAAAUGAAAUCAAAGAAAUGAGGAAGAACAAAAAUAGAUAGGUUUGGAGGAAAUCCUCUCUCCCCUAAAAAACCCCCCCUCCCCCAAUAAACUCAUUUUUCUGUUAGGAGAAAGGUUGUAUUCUGUGUAAUGCUGCUGAGAUUUCAUCAUGAUAUUAAUGAUAGGUGUCUGGGCAGAAUCCCCUUUAUACCCUAGCUUUGCUAUGUCUCAACAAAGCUAUGGCUCUACUGCACAUGGUAUAGUAAGGAAAACCCACAAAAUGGUACAUACUACAUAAUGGCCAAGGUGAAGCCUCUUCUAGUAUCUUUUCACAAUGUGUGGCCUGGUGGAUGAAUCUUGCUGACUCCUAAACAGAAUUUCAAAGCAUUUUUUUAAAAAAAUAAUAUUUUAUUUAUUAAGCUCUCAUGGUUAGAGAUUAACUAGAAAGAAAAACAAAAACUUAAUAAACACAAAUUUUAUGUACACCACAAGCAAAUUGUGCAGAAGACUUCAAAUCCUGGAUGAAUCUCCUUUGAUUAUUUCUUGGCAAUUGUUAAAUUUUCAUCAUGAAGUUAGCAUCAUCAGGAAAAUAAACUAACACGUGUAGUUAUGCCUCUUAUUCGUAAUGAAUAAAGCUAUUCUCCUCUGAGACAAGAAAUGAGGUUUCCCUAGAAUCAACCACAAAAGAAGAAUAAAGUAUCUUGGUCUUUAAAUGAUAGUUUUCAUUUAUAUAGCACUUUACAACUUACAAAGCUCCUUUAUAUCCAUUUUCCCACUUGAUCCUUACAACCCACCCGCAGGUUCUUAUAAUCUCU